CGUAGCCAUUCACAGGCGCGAUCAGUGUCGAGAAAUAAUCGAAAGAAGUUACAAUGUUACUCUCAGUCUUGAUAUUCAACUGUAUUUUAUACGUAUCGGGCCUAAAUCUACAAUAUUUAGACCCGACAAAGUUACAAACCAAAACUUCAACUUUCAUCCAAGAAAAAACCGCCAAUGAAUUACUCAAAGGGUUCUUUUUACAAUACAAAGAGAAUAAUGUGUGGCAGGCAAGCCAAUUAGAGAAUUUUGUGUUAGAAGUCGAUCGUGAUUUGUUUAAAGACAACAAAGACUCUUUUGUGAUCAAAUCGUCGGGGAAUGUGUUGAAAAUUCGCGCAAGCACAGGCAUCGCGGCGUUAUGGGGCUACCACUAUUAUAUGAAGAAGUACUGUAAAAGUCAUAUUGGUUGGCAGGUACAAAGGAUUGCGUGUCCUGAUCCAUUGCCGGAAGCGGAGGAGACUGUUGUUGCUAACGACAGGUUCAGAUAUUAUCAGAACGUGUGCACCGCGUCUUACAGUUUUCUCUGGUGGAAACCUGCCGAUUGGAAAAUGCACGUUCUAUGGAUGGCCUUCAACGGCAUCAACCUGGCAUUGGCUCCGGUCGCUCAAGAAUCAGCUUGGAAAAGAAUAUACGAACGAGUCGGCAUGACUCGGGAAGAAAUCGACGAGCAUUUUACUGGGCCCGCAUUUCUAUCGUGGCUCAGAAUGGGCAAUAUGCGCGGUUGGGGCGGACCUUUAUAUGAGACAUGGCAUAAUAUGCAGCGAGUGAAUCAAGCGUCCACCGUUGAUCUGAUGAGGAACCUUGGCAUCGUGCCUGUGCUGCCGUCUUUUGCGGGACACGUGCCAACAGCAUUCGCUAGGAUAUACCCGAACGUAACGUUCUAUGAUGUCAGCCGAUGGAAUGAUUUCGAAGAGGACUAUUGCUGUGGACUGUUCUUAGAACCGAGUGAUCCAUUGUUCAAAACUAUUGGCACGAUGUUCCUAAAAGAAGUAACUUCAUUAUCCGAAGGCAGUCAUAUUUAUACAGCCGAUCCCUUUAAUGAGAUAGGACUGAAAACUAGUAUCUGGUCUACGGCUUUGGUUGAGAGCACGGCUAGGGCAAUUUUCUCCACAAUGACACGUACUGAUGAGAACGCGGUGUGGCUACUUCAAAACUGGAUGUUUGUACACGAUUCACUAUUAUGGCCAAAAAAUAGAGUGCAGUCGUUUUUAACUGCUGUGCCCAACGGCCGAAUGCUGAUUCUAGAUUUGCAGUCGGAACAAUGGCCGCAGUAUGAUCUUUACGAAAUGUAUUUUGGGCAGCCGUUCAUUUGGUGCAUGUUGCACAACUUCGGAGGUACACUGGGUAUGUUUGGAAGUGUGAACACAAUAAACACGGUGGUGUAUGACGCGAGGAAUCGUACCAAUAGCACGAUGAUAGGGAUUGGUUUGACUCCAGAGGGCAUUAAUCAGAACUAUGUGGUUUACGAUCUUAUGCUGGAGUCGGCUUGGCGUAAAGGGCCAGCAGAUCUUAACAACUGGGUAGGAGAAUACGCCGAGAGACGAUACGGGUGUAACCAGACAACUGUCGGCUGGAAGUACCUCGUGAAAAGCGUUUAUAACUUCAAUGGUUUGAACAAAAUUAGGGGGAAGUACGUGAUAACGCGCACACCAAGUUUCAGCAUUCGCCCUUGGGCGUGGUAUUCAAGUAAAGACUUAUUUAACGCCUUCAGGGAAUUCGCUUUUGCGGACUGUUCGGGUCCAGGAUUCGAACACGACGUGGUUGAUAUAACGCGUCAAGCGUUACAAUAUAGAGCUGAACAGUUAUAUAUGAAAUUGUUGAUUGACAAAAAUUCCAAUGACUAUGUGUUCAAGGCAUCGAUAGAUCAAUUCUUAGAUGCAAUGAACGAUAUAGCCGCGAUACUACAUGCGAAUGCUGACUUUACUGGGACGAAUUGGUUUCAAAAAGCUAGGGAGUUCGGUGGUAAUGAGUUAGAAGCGUAUAUGUACGAGUUGAACGCUAGAAGUCAAAUAACUUUAUGGGGUCCCAACGGAGAGAUCACAGAUUACGCGUGUAAGCAGUGGGAGGAAUUAUUCAGAUAUUACUACAUUCCAAGGUGGCAGGCUUUUCUGAAUGCAGCUGUGGAUGCCAAAUUGAAAAAUAAAGUUUUCGAUCAGAGAGGCGUUCAGAAUUUAAUUAGAUCAACAGUAGAACAACGAUUUCUUUACACAGAAAUCCCAAGAUAUCGAAAAUCCUAUGAUUCUCGCAAUUUAGCGCAAACACUUUAUAAAAAAUGGGCCAUAAUGCCGAAUUUAAGUGAUCUACCAAUAAGUCUUAUUACAGAGAAAACGUCGAGUGUAUUAAAAGUGAAGAUUUUCGGGACUAAUCUACGCUCCAGUGAAGUAGAAAAAAGACCGGAAAUCAUAUUAUUGACAUCUACUACGCCUAAUUAGUGUUGUUGCAAAUAUUUUAUAGGUAGGCCAAUAUAUAUCGUUUUAAAUAAAGUAUACAAUUGAUA